GAAACCUGGUGUUUGCCUAUUUCGUAAAUUUCGCAAGAGUGGGUCAAAUAUUCCCCCCUCCUUUGCCAUCAACAACCAAUUUAUUUAUCAAACACCGCACACAUUACAUCCGAACCGAUAAUCUGCAAGACAACAAUCGCCUCCUAAGCUCAACUCAACCCGAUGAGUCCUACCAUUAUUCCAUCCCGACCCCGGGAAGCGUAUGUCGCAAUAACGUGUGCCCAUUGCAAAUCCCACCUCGAGUAUCUACCGCCACCGUCAUCCCAUAAUUCAUCGAAGGAUUCAUACCUCAUUCAAUGCCAUUCAUGCUCCAAGACCUUUUUGCCCAAUUCAUCUGCUGGUACAACCACCAGUUCUACCAAACCUUCGACCAAAAAGACUGCAAGACGGAUCGGCUCUGACGAACGGCCAUUGGAGACCGAAUACUAUGAUAUCCUUGGACUCACUCCCAAAGCCACAGCACUCGAGAUCAAGGCUGCUUAUCGAAGAAUGGCCCUCAAGAUGCAUCCAGAUAAAAAUCCCGAUGAUCCAGACGCCGGUGAAAAGUUCAAAUCACUUGCAGUGGCGUAUAACACUCUAUCUGACCCUCAACUUCGCAAAAAAUACAACGAAUUUGGGAAACAACAAGAAAACGACGGGGGCUUUGUGGAUCCUGAGGCAGUAUUCUCAACGUUGUUCGGCGGUGAAAAAUUUCAAGACAUCAUUGGGACUAUUUCACUGGGACAAGAAAUGAAGACCGCAAUGCAGAAGGAGUCAAACGAAGAUGAGGAGCAAGAAAACGAUACUGGUAGUCAGCUAGUUUCAGCAUCUCAACAACCACCUGCUACUUCCUCAUCACCCAAAGCGACCACCAAGCCGACUCUUACACCCGAGCAGAAGGCCAAACGAGAUGCAGUGGCACAGGCGGAAGCAGAAGAGCGGAAACGAGUUCGAGAUGCACGAGUGACCAAAUUGGCUGAGAAGCUCAAGAGUAAACUGUACCUUUAUACCGAACAAGCCGAAGAAGAAUUCGAUCAACAAGUGAUGGAUAGCGUCAAGAUGAUGUGGGAGAUCGAGAAGGAGUCGCUAGCAGAAGAGAGCUUCGGGCCUGAAUUGCUAAGGACCGUUGGCUCGACAUACCUAGCGAAAUCGAAGAGAUGUUUGACGGCCACUGCGACGGGAGCAUGGGGAGGAGGAGUUGCCCUAGUGGGGGGAUGGUUCCACAGCGCCAAAUCGACGGCCCAUGUGCUAUCUGAAACCGUGGGGGCCGUCCGAGCGGCUUACGACGUCAAAGCAGUGUUUGAUGAGCUCGCUAAAGCUGAAGCCGAAGGCGGCCCCGGUCUGUCCGAGGAACGGAAAAAAGAACUCGAGGAAUUGGCGGCCAAGAAAGGCCUCAGAGCUCUCUUUAUGGGCGCUAAGCUGGAGGUCGAGAGUGUUAUUAGAGAGGUCUGUGAUCGCAUCUUGGAAGAGCCCGGCAUUCCGAGAGAAGUCAUCCGUAAAAGAGCAGUCGCUUUGGGUAUAUUAGGCUCAGUUUUUGAAACCGCUAAGAACAAGAAUGGCGAGGAUACAUUAGCCGAGCUGGAAAAUGGAUAUGUCAAAGUAGAUCCCAGCAAGAAGAAACCUGCAACCAGUCCGACGGAUCACCAAGAUUCCAAAGCCGCGAAGGCGACUUCAAAGUGAUCAGGAUUAGUCUGAAAACUUCCUAUUUUACUUCUCAUUCAUGCUCAUCUACCAAUCCUCCUUCUUGUUGUCGUCUUUCCUUCCUUUCAACGAUCACCUAAAUAUUAUUUUCUGAGGGCGAUGUAUAAAUGCGUCCCUUGUGUCUUUUUUUUCUCUCCUUUUUCACAUGGUUAGAUAGCUGCAGGGAAAUGUAAUCACCAUUUUUUCGCCUGCGGUACCUUUGAA